UAAUAGUUUUAGUAAUUGAGUUGCUACAAACCAAUCAUUAGAUUGAAUACUACAGAAGAAGUUUAGUAAAAUAAAAAAUUGUUUGUGAGGAAUAGGUUAAAAUAUUAUAAUUUUUCAUGCUUUUUAAUUAACAAAAUAAAUAGGAAUCGGACUCUUAGGCUACCAUGAACAAUGAUCCUGGAAUAGAAUGCUAUAGACAUUGUAUUGACAAAAAUAUAUUCUGCUUCAAUACUCCUGUAAAUUGUCAUGUUUGUACAAGAAGUUUAUCAAAUUCUGCUUGUAUUCCUGUCAGAGUACCUUAUCCUUUUGUCAGAGGAUCACAACAACCAUGUUCAAUUAUUAUAAAAACAACUGAAGGUGAUUUUCUAAAUACCUAUCAAUUAAUGGAUGAUUUACAUAUUGGAAUUACUACUUCAAAAUGCGUGAUAGUCUCUUUUGAUUGGAAUGGUAUUACGAAAGACGUUAACUUAAACAAUUGGAAUGAAUGUUUAGUUAUUUUACAGUUGAAAGAAAUAAACUGGGAACCACUGUGGGAUAAUGUUUUAUCAGAUAUCAUUAAAUCAGAACGAUGGAAUAGCAUAAGAUAUAAUGAAGAAACACACAACUGUUUUUCUUUUGUAAUGGAUUUUAUGAAGCAAUUUAACUUUCUUAAAACAUUUAUUCAUUCCAUCAAAACAAGAGAAGAAUUCACUGAGAUGUAUGUUGCUCCUUCCAUUAUUAAAGCUCAGAAGUACAUAAAUCUCUAUAGAAAGAUAGUCGAAAAUGGCUUUUAUAUUUACAAUCAAGUUUCAAAUGAAAUAUUGUGCACUUAAGUGUUAUAUGUAUAAUAAAAUAUAUUUUUGUAAAUGA